UUGUUGUGAAAUAUCGCAUUUUUAUUGUUUAUAUAAUUUGAUAUGGAUUGGUAACUCCUUUUCAAAAAGAAAAAUUUCAAUUAUCACUAAACCAAAAUUAUUUAUCAUCAUCAAUAUCAUUCGAUUAUUUUGAUCACAACGGUUAUCCAUUUUUAUUAUUUAAGAUUGAUUUUGUUGGUAUUUGUAAACAAAAACAACAACAAACGUUGAAAACUUUGGAUUGCAGCUAGAUUUUCUUUGGUUAAUUGUCUUCUUUGUUUUGAUAUAACAAAAAAAUACAAAUACAAUCAUGUCUUCCUCGGCACCAAGCAGCAAUAAUCAAGGCUAUACACCUGUAAACAUGGAAGAUAUAGAUGAAUCACCAACAAAAAAUGUUAAAAAAGCUGAAAAAAUUGAAAGGCUACAAGAACAUGUGGAUGAAGUAUCGAAUAUAAUGCAAAUGAAUAUCGAUAAAAUAAUGGAACGUGGAUCAAAUUUGGAUAAUUUACAGGAUCGCUCGCAAAAUUUAUCAGAAUAUUCGACAGAAUUUCGUUCUGGUGCACGACGUGUACAACGAAAAAUGUGGUGGAAAAAUAUGAAGCUUAAUAUCCUAAUUGGUAUCGUUGUGGCCAUCAUAUUGAUCAUUAUAAUUGUUUCAUUAACUACGAAAUGAUUUCCGAUGUUCGCAUAUAUUUGAAUGUCAUUGGUCUGUUGUUUAUACUCUUCUUUUUUUGCCGAUACGAUCAUUUAACUAGCCUAUUAUUACGUUUCUUUUUUUUACACAUCUAAUCUUAUUCGUAUAUUUGUCAGAA